UGAUGCAGUUAUCUUGAAAACAUAGAGGAAAAAAGGUGUUAAAUUGUGCUUAAACAUCAGUAACAUCCCUAAAAAACUACAUGCAAGUGACAGGAUCAGGCAGUUACUAAGUAUACUUGAGGAUUUUAUACUCUAUAUUUAGGAUAUUUCUUUGUGUAAAUAAUGCCUUUUUUAAUGUAGUGUAGUUGUGCGUAGUUAUGUACAGGCUACCUUUAGGCUUAGUUUUUAUUUAAAAAUGUUGAAAUAUCACUGAAUCUGAUCAGUUUUACCAAAUUUCACUAAAGCAAUAUCUGGUAUUGAUAUUCCUAGAUUUACUUGUGUUGUAAUAACUAAGCAGUCGCUGAGCCGUGCAGCUAAUAUAGACAUCUGAUUCAGGAGGCAUGAUACGCUGGGCCUGUGCGGUCCCACUCUCACACUGUGGCGCCACCUGGUGGUUUAACUGGGAAUAUGACGUGCAUCACAUUUCGAUGUUUAAUACUUUUAUGACAGAUAAGUAAAACAAUUUCAUUACAUAAAAAUGUUUCUCUCAUAUUUGAUGGUGUGAUAAUUGUCUUAUAUUGUUAUAUUUUUAAUCACAUUCUCAAUUUUGUUGCAGUUUGUCACACACCCUGCAAUAUAAUCAUGGAAGUUAAGAAGAAUGAAAUAAUCAUGUCGGGAAUAGUCGCCUUGUUCUCAAAAUGUAUUUAUGUAUCUAUUUGUUUGUUUAUGUCCCGAACAGGAAGCGGCCUAUUGCCGUAGCGGAAGUUGAUCUGAAAAGCGACUCAUUUCCAUCAUCGAUACUAGAUGUGCUGGAACUGUACGAUGAUCCUUCUAGACGUGGUUGUGAUUUUAUAUAUUUGCAGUCAGCAGCUCUUUGGAGCUUUUUGAACAGACGUUUGCUGCUGCUGUGUAUGAUCAGAAGCUUUACAGGCUUCACAGAGGGCGGAAGCCCCCCUCUCUCAGACCCCACUAAGGACGGAAACUCACCGAUAUCGUUGCCCGUUUCCUGUCGUCACGCGGCAGCAGCAGCCGACGUGCUACGUCACGACGCAGCACCAUCUGUACACAGACUGAAGCUGGUCGACCUCCGGCCGCUCUGCAUGCUCGCUCCUCGACUCUCCGCUGUCACCGGGGCCGCUUUGAGACGUGAAUGCUGUUUGUGGAGCCUCCGCUGCCAUGAGUGCUUUGUGUCGCCUGAUCCACAGAGGACUGCUGUGCGCCCGGCCGUCGCGUCCCUCGUUCCCCGGGCUGCUGGAGGUGUCCGGCGGGGCUCCGGCGGUGGUCCGACCGGCCAGCUCAUCCAGUCCUGUGAAUCUGUCCUAUGACGUCUUCGAUGGGAAAGGAGAAAGCACGCCUCUCGUGUUUCUUCACGGACUUUUUGGCAGCAAAUCCAACUUCCACUCCAUCGCCAAGUCUCUGGUGCAGCGCACCGGCCGAAAGGUGCUGACUGUAGAUGCCCGUAACCACGGUAACAGCCCCCACAGCCCCGCGCUGACUUACGAGGAUAUGUCCAACGACCUGAUGCACCUCCUGGCGCAGCUGCACAUCGAGAAGUGCGUCCUGAUCGGCCACAGCAUGGGAGGGAAGACGGCCAUGACCACGGCUCUCACGCAGCCUGGGUUGGUGGAGAGGUUGGUGGUGGUGGAUAUCAGUCCCUCCCAGACCAGCUUCGAACCGGUUUCCAACUUCCGCUACUACAUCCAGGCCAUGCAGGAGGUGAAGAUCGCCACCGACAUCCCGCGCUCCACCGCCAGGAGGAUGGCGGAGGAUCAGCUGCGCCACUUGGUGGAGGAGCGCUCGGUGCGUCAGUUCCUGCUGACGAACCUGGUGGAGCAGAACGGACACUACGCCUGGAGGGUGAACCUGGAGGCCAUCUCCGCACACCUGGACAACAUCAUGAGCUUCCCCGACUUCGACAACGCUUACGAGGGGCCCACGCUGUUCCUGGGCGGAGCCAGUUCGGCUUAUAUCAGCUCUGAUGACUACCCAGAAAUCCAGAGGCUUUUCCCCUACGCCGACAUCCAGUACAUCCCCGACGCCAGCCACUGGAUUCACGCAGACAAGCCCUUGGACUUCAUCAGCUCCAUCAUCUCCUUCCUGCAGUCCUAGCUGCCUCGGGCCUCCGGACUUCUUUCAUCUUGUGGCGACGCUCCGCGGCUCUGAGCGUCCUCUCGCCGGAAAGCAAAGGAGAUGACUCGGUGUCUCUGAGAGCAAGAGGAGCCGUAGUGAUGAUGAUGAUGAUGAUGAUGAGACAUGCCAACCCUGGACCAAACUCACCCUUUUGGCAGCGGCCAGUCGUUAACUUGUUACAUAGCGUGGCGUAGUUCAACAUUUCAUUUGUUUAGUCUCUUCAGCAGCCAGCUGGUAGAUUCUAGACCGGCUGGUUUUUUUGUUUAUUUUGCCAUGUAGACAAUAACCAUUAAAGUAGUUUCCAUUUAAAAAAAAAAAAAAAAAAAAUGGGGCUGAUUUCAGAGGUGACUAACUAAUCCAAAGAAACUCUUCCUUGCACAGAGCUUUCUUCUCGUCAAUGCGUUUAUGCCUGUCGGGCCGACGUGGCUGUAAGGCCCGUCUGAUCAGGAGGACCAGCACUAAGGUAGCCAUUAAUCCGUGGAAACAAGCACAGACGCGGUGUGCGCACUGGUCGUAGCUGUAGCCUUUCCUCUGCGGAGGAUUUACCGGUCGGUUCAAAUCAUGGAGGUCAUGGAGAGCGGCGGCUGAAUUCUUCUGCUUACAUAAUCACAUACGAAAACCCAGCUGAAGCUCUCAGUGCAGUAUUAUUCCAGCCUGUUUCCUGAACGUCUCAGGUUACAACUGGAUGUGCUCGUUAUUACAGACUAUUCUUUCAUUUGUGUGUGUGUGUGUGGCGAUAAGCCGUGGUGACGUCGUGUCUCAGUGUUUGCUCAGUCCGACCAGUGUUCCCAUGAAUCCUAUCUCCCUUAUAUUUACAGAUAAAAGGCGCAACUUUAUAUGGGUGUCCCCCGGAUAUAUGCUGCAACCAUAUAUAACGUUAUUUAACUGUAACCGUGUUACAAUCAGUUCUGUUUUCAUGGAUUUGAAACGUACAGUCCAGUAGUGAAACUGCCAUGUGUGUAUGCGUGUGUGUGUGUGUGUGUGUGAAUAAGCAGGGUGUUGAUUAUUUGUAACUGCCUCUUUUGUCAGGAACUCAAUUUUUUUUCAAAUUAUGUAAAACUUUAUAAAGGGAAGAAAAAAACGACUUGUAUUCUCUAAUUACAUCUGGUGGACUUGUGAUUGGCAGCUGGGUUGCCAGGUCUGAAGUGUGAGGAGGUAGACGUUUACUAAAAUCUGAUUUUUCCGUUUCUUUGAUGCCAACACUAAAGCCAAAAGGCUUUUCAAUUAAAGACACUGGAGGGUUUGUUUUGUUUGUGAAGCUCCAGUUAUUUUAAAUUCGUAGUGCAGGUGCGUGUUGUUGCACUUUGAAGAGACUGUUGGGUGUCUGACACAUGAAUGCAGAGUUUAUUAAAACUGUAUUUGGGAAAAAAUACUUGGUCACACGGAGACGCAGUUUGAAGACUGAUCAUCUGUCGAGGAUUGUAUUUGGUUUGUCUUUGAGCAUGCCUUUUUCUCUUAUCAGGUUCAACUUCGCUGUGCUGUGCGUCUCAUUUCAGCCGGUCGACCAACCGGCGGUUCUCAUUUUAGAUGGUGGCAUAUACAGAAAUAUAUGUAAAUGUUUG